AUGGGGGAAGCUCUCCUCACUACCUUGUCCAUAGAGAAUUCUCAUUUGUCUACAUUAUUGUCUAUGGAUUCGAGUUCUUUGUCGCAUGAUGAAUUGGAAAGAGAGAUGAAUCGAACUUUCAUACUUUCUCGUCCUCCUGAUAUCAAUCUCCCGCUACUUUCUGAGCCCAGCCCACCUCCUCAAACCUGGAAUGAUUCAUGUGACAUCUUGGAUGUAGGCCUUGGGCCUCAAGUUUAUGAGGCUGAGGCAACAAUCACUCUCCCCAAAGUUGUAAGGAAAUGCAACAAGAGACUUGAUAGCGUUUGGGGUGCAUGGUUUUUCUUCAGCUUCUAUUUCAAGCCUGUGUUGAAUGAGAAGUCCAAGUGUAAGGUCAUUCGGGACAGUAAUGGGGUGUCUGGGUAUGACAAAACAGACUUGCAGUUAGAUGCUUUCUUGGUUCAGCAUGAUAUGGAGAACAUGUAUAUGUGGGUUUUCAAGGAUAGGCCUGAAAAUGCAUUGGGUAAGAUGCAGCUGAGGAGCUACAUGAAUGGGCAUUCUCGCCAAGGAGAACGUCCAUUCCCAUUUAGUGUCGACAGGGGUUUUGUUCGGUCUCAUCGGAUGCAGAGGAAGCACUAUAGGGGUCUUUCUAAUCCGCAGUGUGUUCAUGGGAUUGAAGUUGUUCGAUCACCCAACCUCAUGUGUCUUGAUGAUGAAGAGAGGAAGAGGUGGACAGAGCUUACAGGCCGAGAUAUAAAUUUCUCAAUCCCUCUUGAAGCAAGUGACUUUGGUACUUGGAGGAACCUACAAAAUACAGAAUUCGAGCUUGAACGGCCAGUCCCUCCAUCAAAGAACAAUAUAAAUUCUCACCCAAGAAAAUUACUUGAUGGUACUGGUUUAAAUUUGUCAACUCAGCCAUCAGAGCAUGUGAACAAUGAGGGGAUGGACCUAUCCCCGGUCUGCAACAAGCGAAAGAAGGACCUUUUCCCCCACGGGAGUGACAGUGAUUGUUGUUUACCUAAUAACCCACAUUUUGACAGAGUUUUGGAUGGCAAAGUCUACCCAGUUGAGUCACCUUGGUUUAAUGAGUUUAGUGGGGUAAUGAAGAAUGCAUCUGGGCCUGUUACAGCUGCGAAAACAAUAUAUGAGGAUGAUGAAGGGUUUUUGAUCAUUGUCAGCUUGCCUUUUGUAGAUCUUCAAAGGGUAAAAGUUACUUGGAAGAAUACUCCGUCACAUGGGAUUGUAAAGAUAUCUUGUGUGAGUACAGCUUGUAUUCCAUUCAUUAAGAGACGUGAUAGAACAUUUAAGCUAACAGAUCCAACACCGGAGCACUGCCCUCCUGGGGAAUUUGUGAGGGAAAUUGCGCUCCCUACCCGCAUUCCAGAAGAUGCAAAACUGGAAGCGUACUGUGACGAGACUGGAACAAUGCUCGAGAUUAUGGUACCGAAACGUCGAGUGGGACCAGAAGAACAUGAGGUCCGUGUGUGUCUUCGUCCCUCUCCCUGGAAUGAAAGAGAGCAUCUGUUGACCUAA